AUGCAUCGCGCCCUCGCAAUCACCGAGUUACUCACGCACAUUCUCCGUGAUGUGUACAAUGAUGACGAGGGACUCAAUCUCCGCCGAGGCGUCAAGGACAUGGCUAGGAUUUCUCAGGUCUGCAGGACUUUCCGAGAUCCUGCAUUGGAUUUCCUUUGGAAAAAUCUCGACAGCCUGCUCCCGCUUCUUCGGCUGCUUCCUCUUGAAAUUAACGAAGAAUACGGUGAUAAAGCUCGACUUUCAAAGGUUCUUGGGGACCUGAAGUCGCCAGAGCGCCAGUGUUAUAUCUCAAUAUCCAACCGCGUGCGCACACUAUCCUUUUCGGAACCACACGAGCCUAUCCCUCGCAAUCUAAUAAAUGAUAUUAUUGAGUACAAUCUCCUCUUAACUCCCCGCAUAGAUGUCCUCCACUUUCACAUAUUAUCCGAGGCUGGCCUUCGUCUUCUCCCCGCCCUUAUCACACCCGAAUUGACCGACAUCUCCCUAUCUUUCGAUGAAAAUUUAUAUGUUUUCAAUCGUCCGCUAGACCUUGGCGAUCUCAUCAAGUCGGUAUACACGACUAUUUUUCGGUGUGCGCCCAAGCUUGUACAUUUCUCUGUAGUCGAUUUGUACGAAGCACUGCCGUUGUUGUCACUUACUAAGGCCCCGGGUCAAGAUCAUAUGGAUAUGGCAUGUCUCCAAAGCCUGACACAUGCAGCAUUCUACAUAACUGCCGCUUCCUUACCGCAAGUUCUCGAUUUAAUGUCACAGCUUCGCAAGCUGGAGGACCUGACCAUUCAGGCUUGCGAGAAACCUUUCGAAGAAAUUCCCCGCCUCUCCUUCACGUCAGAGACAUUCGGCUCGCUGAAGAACGUCGCGUUUGAUGGCUCUCCUGAUAUCAUCAGCCGCAUAUUCUCCGCAUUCCCAGCCAAUCGCGCCUUCCAAUCCGUGAUUCUACGAAUGCACGGUCUUUACACCAAUGCCGAUAUCGCACUGGUACUCUCGGGGGUUGUUGCAGCUGUGUCCAAAGAGUCAUUGCAGAAGAUUAUAAUAACUUCCGUGCUCUCAAAAAGUGACCUCGCACGUUGGGAUGCUGAUUCGGGAAUCGACAAUCGCCAAUUCAUACUAGACAUACACGCCAUCGAGCCCGCUUUCCGGAAUCUUGAGAUCUUUUCGGCUUGUCUCGGUGUCCCACUUUAUCUCACAGACGAAGACCAUCUGCGCAUCGCGCAGACAUGGCGCUCUGUGCAGUUACUAUACCUGUCUUCGAUCGUCCAGCGUGUUGUCUUGGCACACAAGCCUCCGGCUAGUAUUGCGUCUCUGGUGCACUAUGCACGAUAUUGUCGCCGCUUGAAAGCGCUUGGGUUGUGCCUCGAUGCAUCUACGAAAGCCAGUGUCGAUGCAUGUAUGCAGGCCAUGGACACCUGCGAGGAGAACGUUCCAGAAGAAAACCAUGGCCUCCCAUCUCACUCAAUUCGGAUGGUCGAGUUUGGUCCUUCGUGGCUGGAGUGUAACUUCGACCCUGGGCACAUCAACUCUCUAGCCAAGGCGUUCACGAGGCUUUUUUCCAACUUAGCUGCAUGUCGUGCGUGCCGGACGGAGGAGCUUGGGGUGCCACAGGCUGCAUGGACUUGGAUGAAGGUGCAGACAUUGUACGAAUACAUCCUCUUUAGGGAUCAAGGUUGCAACGUAAAUACCCCACGGAGCGCGUGGAAGUUGAGACUGUUUUCCAAGUGGACCUCGGACUAUGGAAAAGAUUACGAGAAGGUUGCCCUGGCGUCCCCUGGUUCAUCCGUAGAAGUUGACUUUGAUGAUGAUCAGAAUGCGGAAGCGUUCAAUCAGAUCAUGUACAAGACAGCAAGGGACGAACUCGCGAAGAUAUCCAAAGAACACGAGGUUAUGUGA